UUUUUAGGAACAGCCAAUCGUGGGGUUGUAUAGAAGAGAUUUGACACAGGGAGUUAUUUUACACUGGCCCAGGUUGAACCGGGCAAAAGCCGGUCACAUCAUCGGUCGAAAGCAGUAAAUGACACCGCUCCGUUAUUUUGUCAACACGGUAGUAUUGGUGCAUCGUCCAGAAACAUACAUCUCUUUUCCAAAAAAUAAAUGUGUGCUUUUUCCAACUAGUUUUUAUUGUGAAGGCAGAUGUCACUUUUGCAUGGGAAAACAGAUUCCUACUAAUUACUACACGUGCUUAAUAAUGACUUCACUUUUGUUUUGAGGUGACUUCGCAGUCGGACAGAUCGGGGCACCUGGCUCACGUCCGGGAGACAGCCCGGUUCCAAAUCGAAUGCAAUCAACUUUCAGCCGGUGCAAAACACGCCAACACGGGCGCACUGGCGAGAUUAAUCGAACCCCUCACUCUCCCCCGCGCUUUUAACAACAUGUUGUGAUGGUGGUAGGACGUUAAGCUAGCUAAUUUUAUUAAAUAAGGGUGUCCCAUUUAAGCACCAAUUUGUGUUACUUCUGAUAAUAUUCACAAUCUGAUUCAAAGCUAACAGUCUGGCAGUAUGUCCGGGGUGAUUCGGAGACUCGAUGAGACCGUUGUUAAUCGGAUUGCUGCUGGAGAGGUUAUCCAACGUCCUGCAAAUGCUAUCAAAGAAUUGCUUGAAAACUGUUUAGACGCCAAGUCCACCAACAUACAAGUGACUGUGAAGGAGGGCGGUCUGAAACUUAUCCAGAUACAGGACAAUGGCACUGGCAUCAGGAAAGAAGAUAUGGAAAUAGUAUGUGAACGGUUUACAACAAGCAAGCUCCAGACUUUUGAGGACCUCAACACCAUCUCAACCUAUGGUUUCAGAGGAGAGGCACUUGCCAGUAUAAGCCAUGUUGCCCAUGUCACCAUAACAACCAAAACGGCUGACGCCAAGUGUGCUUACAGAGCCACCUACUGUGAUGGGAAACUCAAGACCCAACCCAAACCCUGCGCUGGAAACCAGGGGACACAGAUCACCGCGGAGGAUCUGUUCUACAACGUGUCCACCAGGAGGAAAGCCCUAAAGAGCCCCAGCGAGGAGUACUCCAGGAUUGUGGAGGUGGUGAGCAGGUAUGCUAUACACAACUCUGGGAAAAGCUUUGCUGUCAAAAAGCAAGGCGAGACCUUGGCAGACGUCAGGACCCUACCCAACGCCUCCAUUCUGGAUAAUAUCCGUGUGGUGUUCGGCAAUACAGUCAGCAGGGAGCUGAUUGAAGUGGGCUGUGAGGAUCAGAAGCUCGCCUAUAAGCUGAAGGGCCACAUCUCCAACGCCAACUACUCAGUGAAGAAGUGCAUUCUCAUCCUCUUCAUCAAUCAUCGUCUGGUUGAAUCGAGUGCCUUAAAAAAAGCCAUUGAGACCGUUUAUGCUGCAUACCUUCCCAAGAACUCUCAUCCAUUCCUAUAUCUCAGCCUGGAGAUUGCCCCUCAUAACAUCGACGUGAAUGUCCACCCUACCAAACACGAGGUGCACUUCCUCCACGAAGACUGUAUCAUCGAGAGCGUUCAAAAACACAUAGAGAGCAAACUCCUGGGCUCCAACUCCUCGCGCACGUACUUCACACAGACAUUGCUACCUGGGCUGUCUGUCUCCACCAGCGAGGGGAAGUCUUCCUCCAACUCCACAGGGGACAGUGAGCGGGUCUACGCCCAUCAGAUGGUCAGGACCGACAGUAGAGCCCAAAAGCUGGACGCCUUUCUCCAGCCGGCAUCCAAGCUGGCCCCUACUCCCACCGCCAACCCUAAUGGGCAGAGCAGGGGGGAACCUGUGACCACCAAUGACAUGGAAGAGAUGGACAAUGCAGAGACCCUGGAGGAACAGGCUCCAGGUGCCACAGAGGAUGGGGAGGGAACCAGCCUAAAUACUCCAGCUGAUCUCCCCAGGAAGCGUCCGCGUGCCGGUCAGGAUGAGGAGCAGGAGGACCGGACUGCUGCAGCCGCAACCAGGAGACGAGCCAUCAAGCUGAGCAGUGUGAAGGAGCUGAGAGAUGACAUCGCUGAGAACGCACACAAAGGUCUUCAAGAGAUGCUUCAGAAUCACUCGUUUGUGGGCUGUGUCAACCCCCAGUGGACUCUGAUCCAGCACCAUACCAAACUGUACCUUCUCAACACCACUAAACUCAGCCAGGAGCUAUUCUACCAAAUUUUGAUCUACGACUUCGGUAACUUUGGCAUCUUGAGGUUAUCUGAGCCUGCACCACUCUAUGACCUGGCCAUGCUGGCUCUGGACUCCGAGGAGAGUGGCUGGUCGGAGGAGGACGGGCCCAAGGAGGGUCUGGCCCAAUACAUAGUCGACUUCUUGAAGAAGAAAUCUGAGAUGCUGGAGGACUACUUCUCCAUGGAGAUAGACCAGGAAGGAAAUCUCACCGGUUUGCCAUUGCUGCUUGACAAGUACACCCCUCCUAUGGAGGGUCUGCCCAUGUUCAUCCUACGUUUGGCUACCGAGGUGAACUGGGACAAUGAGAAGGACUGCUUCAGAGACUUCAGCAAGGAGUGCUGCCAGUUCUACUCUAUCAGGAAACAGUAUGUCCUGGAGCUGGAGCCGGGAGAGGAGGAGCAGGAUGCAGAGUUGAACUCGUGGCGUUGGAAGGUGGAGCAUCUCCUGUUUAAAGCCUUCCGGAGCCUCUUCAGUCCCCCUAAACACUUCAGUGAGGAUGGCAGCGUACUCCAGAUUGCUAACCUACCAGACCUCUACAAAGUAUUUGAGCGAUGCUAAGACAUGAAACACCGACCAUGGUCUGCAUGUCUGUUUCGGGAAACCAUUUGAUAUACAUUUAAACUCAGUUUUUCACAGUUCCUGACGUUUAAUCCUAGUAAAAAAUCCCUGUUUUAGGUCAAUUAGGAUCACCACUUUAUUUUAAGAAUGUGAAAUGUCAGACAUUUAUUUUAUCACAUUCCCAGUGGGUCAGAAGUUUACAUAGGCAAUGCUAAUUGUGUAACUUGGGUCAAACGUUUCAGGUAGCCUUCCACAAGCUUCCCACAAUAAGUUGGGUGAAUUUUGGGUUAUUCCUCCUGACAGAGCUAGUGUAACUGAGUCAGGUUUGUAGGCCUCCUUGCUCGCACACCCUUUUUCAGUUCUGCCCACAAAUUUUCUAUGGGAUUGAGGUCAGGGCUUUGUGAUGGCCACUCCAAUACCUUGACUGUUGUCCUUAAGCCAUUUUGCCACAACUUUGGAAGUAUGCUUGUUAUUGUCCAUUUCGUAGACCCAUUUGCGACCAAGCUUUAACUUCCUGACUGAUGUCUUGAUGUUGCUUCAACAUAUCCACACAAUUCCCCUCAUGAUGCAAUCUAUUUUGUGACGUGCACCAGUCCCUCCCUGCAGCAAAGCACCCCCACAUGUUGCCACCCCCGUGCUUCACGGUUGGGAUGUGUUCUUCGGCUUGCAAGCCUCCCCCUUUUUCCUCCAAACAUAACGAUGGUCAAACUUCCAUCAGACCAGAGGACAUUUCUCCAAAAAGUACAAUAUUUGUCUCCAUGUGCAGUUGCAAACCGUGGUCUGGCUUUUUUAUGGCGGUUUCGGAGCAGUGGCUUCUUCCUUGCUGAGCGGCUUUUCAGGUUGUCGAUAUAGGACUUGUUUUACUGUGGAUAUAGAUACUUUUGUACCUGUUUCCUCCAGCAUCUUCACAAGGUCCUUUGCUGUUCUGGUAUUGAUUUGCACUUUUCGCACCAAAUUAUGUUAAUCUCUAGGAGACAGAACGAGUCUCCUUCCUGGGCGGUAUGACGGCUGUGUGGUCCCAUGGUGUUUGUACAGAUGAAAUUGCUCCCAAAGAUGAACCAGACAUGUGUAGGUCUACAAUUUUGUUUGAGGUUUUGGCUGAAUUCUUUUGAUUUUCCCAUGAUGUCAAGCAAAGAGGCACUGAGUUAAGGUACACCUCCAAUUGACUAAAAUGAUGUCAAAUACCUUCUAAAGCCAUGACAUUAUUUUCUGGAAUUUAUAAGCUGUUUAAAGGCACAGUACAUUUCUGACCCACUGGAAUUGUGAUACAUUGAAUUAAUGUCUGAAAAAUGACUUCUGUCAUGCACAAAGUAGAUGUCCUAACCGACUUGCCAAGACAUUUGUGGAGUGGUUGAAAAACGAGUUACCUAAGUAUGUAAACUUCUGACUUGGGAGCUCUAACCAUUGACUUAUUCUAUACAUAAGGGAUUGAGGUGCUUGGGUAUAAUUCAAGCAUUAACAACUUGUAACAUAAAAUGAAACAAAGGGCAGUGUAAAUCUGUUAAGAGUUUAUUCAAUGCGAUAGCUGCCCCAGACACAAUCACUGUGUGGUCCUGAGACUUGAAACUGCUUGGCUUUCAAAGCAGCGAACACUGUUUGAGAAGUGGUAUGUAGUGCUGUCUUCUGAUGUACCCCAAAUAAAGAACCUCAAACCAC